UGUACUACGAUAAAUUUGGCAUAAUCACACAUGCGCUACCCAUUUUAUUAUUUUCUAUACUUAUUAUUUACAUAAGGUGCCUAAAUUGUUUGUAGAAAGUCUAUGAACAAUCGAAUAAAUGUGAGCAGUCUGAUAGGUACCAUCUGUAUGUCAGUACAUAUAUGUAUAGAAGUAUAACUGAUGUAUAGUACGAAGGAGAAUGGGCACAGGGUGUUUACGACAUUCCCUCGCAUUCCCUCGCAUUCCCCUAUAUUCAUCCAAAUCACCUAGCGUACAUGAAGAAUUAAAAUGUCUAUUUAUCUAACAUUUCGAUACAUAAUUCUCACGAUCGAUGUAGAAAAUGUAUAUUUCGCCUAACCGAAACACCUAAAAUUUCAACGAUACUUGAUCCUUUAUAUUCGGUUGAUACAUUUUCGAAUAAUAACUAUAAUAAGAUAUCUCUAAACACAAUUGAAUGUAAUCUGUCAGCGAUAUCAGAUGAUCACUGCCACGCAGUCGCAGCUGUAGUACUGCAUAGGCGUAAAACGACAAGUUUGUAGUUGUAAAUGUAGAGCGAGUUUACAGCUGUACGUGCGCCUUUGAAAACAGUGGUCCCUUUAAAGUGAAACAAUAAAAUUCGGUCGAGAUGAAAUAAUUUCCGAUCGUUUUAUAAAGAAAUCUCUUGGGUAAUGACGACAAUGCAUUUCAUUGUAUUACGCCAUGUUCGCUGAUGUGCAAGAAGCGAACUAGAUGUGAAUGUAUUGUAAAGUGCAUGCAAGAUGUCUGUGUUAUCAAUUCUUCGUACAUUCGCACCGAAACACAUGUCUCCAUGAUUAAUCAAAGCAGCACGAUAUUUAUUUUACACGUGUCAACCUCAACACGAUAAAUAAAUCGGGAACAUUGUGGAAAAACGAUAUACCAGCGAGAGGUACAUAUAGGUAAAUAGUUGUUCCUUAAACAACCGCUUUUAUUUUGAAUUUUAUGGUAAAGUUUUGCCGACGAACAAUACACGAACUAUCGGAACUUAAACAUUCGGAACCCACGGUGCGUUGUCAAUUAAUUGAUAAACAUGUAUAAAUUCAAGCCGUUUGUGUUUAUAAAACACAAAUCGAACAGCGUCGAACGUCCAAAGCCCAGGAGUGGGCAUAGAAUAGUUUGCGAUCAUAAAUAUUUAUAUUCUUACGGCGGGUUCAAUCCGUGUAUCUCCGAUGAUGAUCCUGACAUGCAAAACGAUCAAACAUGGAUUUCUAGUAAACCGCUUUUCAAAGAAGUAUGGAAGUUCAAUCUUGUUAGUCAACAAUGGUGGCGUUUUCCAAGACAACAUAAUAUGCCUAAUGAACUAGCAUCUAAUGCAGUGAUUUUAAGUGGUAAUACCUUAAUGGUAUAUGGUGGGACCGGUGUACCAUUCGGAGAUAGAUGUAGUAACCGCCUUUAUUUGUGCAAUCUUGAGAAUGGUACAAUGCACAUAGUUCCAGCAAAGGGAUAUUUGCCGGAUCCUCAUUAUGGACAGGCUAUAAUAUUGCGUGGAUGGUAUUUGUAUACCGUCGGUGGUACUACAGGUUACGAGUAUACCUGUGACAUCCAUAGAUUCGACUUCAGGACUGGUGUUUGGGAAAAAGUUUACAUAUGCUCUGGAAGAGAUCAAAAUGAGCCAGCAGGACGAUACAGGCACGAAUUAGCAUUUGACGGAAAACUUAUUUAUGUUUUGGGAGGAGGAACAGCUUCUGAAUCGUUUGGUUUCCUGGAAAUUCCUGCCUUUGACUUAGAAAUGAACAAGUGGAUAAUAUUAAAUACAUAUGGUGAUAAUGAAGAUAACACAGUACCAAAACCUAGACGUUGUCAUGGUUCUGUGCAAUAUACAGAUGAAAACACAGGCGUUACGUCUGUAGUAAUCUCUGGAGGAUAUAAUGAAGAUCAUAUUUUCUCUGAUGUUUGGAAAUUAGAUCUGAAACAUCUACAAUGGACAUGUUUGAGACAGUGUAAAUUACCAUGCCCUGUAUAUUUUCAUUCGGCUGCCCUUACUCCAGAAGGACGCAUGUAUACAUUUGGCGGUAUAGUGAAAAUACAUAAUAGGGUUGUAAGGACAGAUGCGGUUCAUUCUGUUUGGUUAAAAAUACCUAAAUUAUCAGAGGUAUGUUGGCAAGCAUUAAUUCAUUAUUUUCCACACUUAUGCCGCAAAUCACCAGAUCAGUUACUUCUUAUAGGUAUACCUUUAAAGUUUGUGCAAAGAAUCGAUUCUUAUGAUUUUUAAUAUUUAACAAAUACUCAGAGCAUUGUAACUUCAAUCAUUGUUACCGGUUAUUUAUUGUAUGAAUAUUAUAAUUGUUGAACAUUAUUGCCAUAACUUAUUUACCAUAUUUUUAUGAAAAGUAUAGUGCAAUUAAUAUGAAAGAUUUGAUCGAUAAAUCGAUUGCUUCGAACUUACUUGUAUUACGAUCGGUAAUACAGCAAGUCGUAUACAAUAUUUGCAAUCUUUUCAGAUUUGUAAUAGUUUGAAAAAAUAACAACUAAAAACAUACAUGAGAAAAUUUAUUUGAUUUGUUUUCUGCCGGUUUAGAUCAGUUUGGAUUACUCGAAUUUACACUUCAUAUACAAUUAUGUAUAAAGAUUUACAUCAAAACCGUUUGUUUUUAUAUUAAUAUUUUCUAGUGAAAAAGUAGGGUGACAUAGUUAUGAAAACUGUAUUGCAUGUUACAUAAAAUUAAUGGCAAAUAUGCUCAUCAAUUUAUGUUAUGUGUUGCAUAAUACUUAUAACAAUUAUGAUUAUAAUAGCGCGCAUACAUUUUCGACAUACCGAAAAAAUCAUGUAUAUCUUGUUAAAGAAAAAGUGCAAGCUGUAUCUUCUUUAUACACACUUAAAAAUUUUCUCUACUAAAUUUACUCUAUCCUUGUACAUAUAUAGAUGUAAAUAAGCAAUAACGAACUGGUAUAAAACAAAAUUAGUCGCGCACUAAAGUACAGUAUAUAUGUACCCUAGAGUACGAAAGGAAACUAAAGAUGUGUCAAACAGACAUCGAAAAUUACUGAUUUAUUUGGGCUAUAACGUAUAACAUUCGUUACGUUCAUCUAUUGAGGAUCGAAUUUGCGAAUCGUAAAAAUAUUAUGUUUAAAGUUAUUCGUGUGUGUGUCUUUCUUUCUGUAACUGCAAAGUAAUAAAUCGAACGGUUCUUUUUUUCUUUGUAAUUACAACUGGUUACAAUUAUAUGCAGCUUAUUAUUACAGAUAAAUAUGAAUUAGAGAGUACAAAAAUACAAAUCAGUCACGAAGAUUCCUAAAUCUAAUUCUUAUAAAAAAUACAUAUUUAACAUUAUCCGCCACAAUAAUUUUGUUCGCUAAAAUAUGAAUAAGUUUGUAAAAAUUUUACGUUCAGGGAAAGUGAUUAGCAGAAAGUGCUCGAUUGAAAUAAAAGCCUUUUUACGACGAUAUUGUUGAUAAGGAUAUUAAUUACUUAACGUCUCUUUAUUACCUAUAGCAUAUUGCACAUUAUUUUUGUAAUAAAUGCAAACUGGCUUGCAACUGUAAAUAAGAAAUUAGCAACAAUCGGUAAUAUCAUAAAACGUUAGUUCAAUUAAUAGCGAUAUUGCAAGCCAAGUCUGGACGUUACAAGUUUCCGCUGCGUUCAGUCUAUCGUACUGAUUCUUGUAAAUAUUUCAAAAAUACUAAAUAGUAAACAAAAAAAAUUUCAGUCUUUCAAAAGGAUAUCGAUGAUAUGUCAUUGGAUACCUGAAACGAAAAACGGUAAAUUUGAGUUGAGAAAAGGAAUUCAGUUUCUGUAAAAAAACAAAACAAAAAAAACAAAAUAAAACAAGAAGGUUGAUUAAACAAAGAAAAAUAAGUAUAACGAUAUUGCUUUUCUUUUUGGUACAAAAAUAUUGUAACAUCGUAGAUGAUAGAAUGUUGCCUUUCUCUGCAGUUGCAGUUUCUCUGAAGCAAAACUUCAUAUCAAACAAAGUAAGUUGCGUACCAAUUUCGGAGUACAAAAUAGCUUAAAUAUUACUUUGUUAAGUACGCUAUUGCAGAAUACAAUUAAUUAUUAUUAGUAGGCACGGACGUUAUUAAAAGGGAACUCGGGGAUCAAGUACAGAGAAAAAAAAAUCAGCUAAAUAACGCGUGAACUGCGAGAAACACAAAAGAACUUUUGCCUUAAAAUUAGGUAAAUUGUUAUUAUGUAUUCACGUUUCCAAGCGAUAGCACGUACAACAAUUCUUAUUACCGGUUUACGAACGAACGUGUCCGUAUAUAAACAAAAUCACGCGUAUUACACUUAAGUAGAUAUAAAGAUUAUUUCACUUCUCAUUGUUCUAUUCUCGGUGCUAUUUACUACAUAAGAAAACAUGCCGUAGGUAUGCAUUAGCGAAAUUAAAAUUGUAAAUAGGAACACGAACACAGUUCAGCUGAUACCUUAAAUCCUGUUUAUUUCUUUUCUCGUACCCUUUAAUAUGGAUAUUAAUUGCGCUAUGAUAACGAUAGCUUGAUGUGCCGAACAUGAUAGCAAUUUGUACGAUCGAUUGUUUAUUUGGUAGGGAACGCUUCACUUUUUUAGUUUCGGAAUUGUGUAUGCGAACUAUACAAAGUGGAAUAAGUGCUCAUAUUUCUGCGAAAAUUACGUUUAAACAGUAAAAAUCAACGAAAUAACACAAGCAAUCCUCUAUUGCAUAUUAUACUUAAUUAGGUACCCAAGGAAGAAUUAGUACAGUAGUUUCGUAUAGAGACAUAAUUUGUGAAUGUAUAGAUAAGCGAAGAAUAAUUUCUUUUACUAAAGAUGAAAUAAAAUGUAUGCAACAGAGGAUUGGCAGUAAAUAUAUCGUUGUACAUUCAUUGAACUUAUCAAAGAGUAAAGGUUCUCAAGCAGCUGUGCAAAGACUACAUUGAAAUUUAAAUUGGCACCAUUAACGAAGCAAUUAAGAUUUCAUUUUGACGGUCUGGAUGUUAAUUUCCACUUGUUGCCUCUGUCGCAUUUAUAAUAGCGUUGAAAGUAUUUUCUAGGGUGGGCGCGCGAUGCGAUUGUUUGUUGUUUCAUGUCCAUUUAACGCGUCCAAGUACGUACGCAAUUAUCUUGAAAAGUCAAUGAUAGAAAACUUAGAUUUCAAUGCCACGUCUGCUCAUUAAAUAUUGGCUAGAGAUUCCGAAAUGUUUUGUUUGCUUAGCACGAUUCGAAUCUCAUUCAAAUUCCCAUACCUGAAAAACCCAGUAAAGGAAAAAUUAAGAAAAAAAAAAAAAAAGAAAUCGAAUACGUAAGACUAAGCAUAUUAUUAUAUAUUAACAAAUAAAUAUGUAUGUAAGACUAAAUAUUGCGAGUAGACUGAUUAUGAAUGUAAAUUGAUGUUUGUACCUUUUUGUCGUAUUCGAACGAAAGAAAAUUAUGCGAUGAAAAUUCUAUGAAAAAUAAAUUGUAUGUUUUACAGGAAAACCGUUUAUUGUUUUAAUAAACUGAUGUUUUACGUGAACGAGUCACAUAGAGCAAAAAUUGUACGUUUAAUUUUGUUGCGAAAAGAAAUCGAAACGUUUUAUUGUAUUUAUAUACCGUUGUACGAACGAAGGAAAGAUAAAAUUCUCCUACACGAACUGCA